UGUCCUCAUGUGAAGUUGCCGCUGUGCAGAACAACCUUCCAUAAAAAAAAAGGUGCCAGAACAGCCUAAACCCUCGAAACCCCAGCGGCGACGGAGCGAGGAGGGAGGAGCGAAGGCUCCGAUGGCGCCGAAGCGGAAGCCGGCGGAGCCGCCGAGGGACCCCGAGGGGAUAUUCCGCGGCGUCUCCGCCUUCUUCGUCCCCCACGGCGUGCAGUCCCGCCGCCUCGAGGUGUGGAAGCAGAAGCUGGUGCAGAUGGGGGGCCGCCUGGAGAAGAAGGACGCCGACGCCAAGGGCGCCAGGAUCAACCACGUGCUCGCCGCCGACGCCAAGGCGCUGCUACGGGAGCUCGGCGCCGACUGGCUCCACCGCUUCACGGGGAGCGUGGUCUCCUUCGACUGGCUGGAGGAAUGCCUCAAGUCUGGCGAGAGGCUGCCCGAGCACAAGUUCGCCAUCAACUACGAAGAGGAAUUUAAACCCAAAAAGGCCGCUGGCGCCGGAGGUACAAGCGUGUCGAAUCCUUCAAAAAGGAGCAAAAUCUCAUCCCAGGAUCCCGAGAAUCGCAAAGGAACUGGUGGACAGGGUGUGAAGGAGGAGGUACCUACCAGGGAGCAUCGAGACGCCAGUACACAUGCGCAUCAUGGUUCAGGUGUCGAAAAGGGGCCUGGUCAGUUUGCACAUAGCCAGACUAGCUCUGGGGAUACUAAGGACACCGUAGGGUCUCUUGAUGUUGAGGAAGCUUCUUCUGGGGAACCCACAACAUAUGCUCCACCAGACCUCAAUAGGAACAUCACUGAGAUUUUUGGAAAACUUAUCAACAUAUAUAGAGCCAUGGGAGAUGACCGGAGAUCAUUUAGCUAUUACAAGGCCAUUCCCGUAAUCGAGAAACUGCCAUUCAAAAUAGAAAGUGGCGACCAAGUUAAAAACCUGCCUGCCAUUGGGAAAUCUUUGAAAGACCAUAUUAAUGAAAUAGCGACAACAGGAAAGCUUUCCAAACUGGAACACUUUGAGAAUGAUGAAAAGGUCCGGGCAGUCAGCCUAUUCGGUGAAGUUUGGGGUGUUGGUCCUGCAACCGCUCUUAAGUUAUAUGAUAAAGGACACCGUACCCUUGAUGACCUUCGGAAAGAUGACUCACUUACAUAUGCUCAGAGGACUGGCUUGAAAUUCUUUGACGAUAUCAGACAAAGAAUCCCUCGGCAUGAGGUCAGUGAGAUGGAGAAGCUUUUACAAGAAGUUGGGAAGGAUAUCUUGCCUGGAGUGAGUUACAUAGACCAUUUUGAGGAACUAUUUGUGACAAUUGUAUGUGGAGGAUCUUACAGACGUGGAAAAUCAUCUUGCGGUGACAUGGAUAUUGUGAUUACUCACGAUGAUGGUAAAAGCCAUGUAGGUUUCCUGCCGAAGUUUGUUCAGAGGUUGAAGGACAUCAAUUUUUUAAGGGAGGACCUUAUCUUCAGCAUAAACAGUAUUGAGGGAACUGACAGCGGGGUUGACACAUAUUUUGGUCUCUGCACAUAUCCUGGGCGUGAGCUGCGGCAUCGCAUUGACCUCAAGGUAUACCCAAGGAACAGGUAUGCAUCCGGACUGCUUGCCUGGACCGGAAACGACGUCCUCAAUCGACGAUUGAGAAUACUAGCAGAAUCCAAAGGUUACGUGCUUGAUGACACGGGUUUGUAUCUUGCUACGCAGAGCAGUGGUGGAAAGCGCGCGGGGAGGUCAGAGGCUAUAGUCAACUGCCACGAGGAGAAGGACGUGUUCGACACGCUCGGGUUCCCCUACUUGGAACCUCAUGAACGAAAUCUGUAGCUCUGAAGGAAAAUGUAGCUUUGCCAGUCCUGUGUAGUUCUUCUCCUUUGCACCGCAGGCCGGCUGGUAGCUGUUUCCAAGGAUGUGUAGCAAACCUUUGUAGAAGAUGUAGUCUGGCAGGCUCGUAUAUAGUUGUUGUUCUCUGUUGUAAUCUAGACCAGUAGGGAGAAUGUUCCUCAUGCCGCAUGAAUCUACGGACAAGUAUGUAGCUAUUUUGUCGUUCAA